AUGAGGCUUCCCUGUCCCAGCCUGAUCCAAAUGUCUGAUUUUGGUGGAGCCUCUCAGCUCUCUGGGCCCACCGGCAGCUCUCUGGUCUCUCUCUGUGUCCAGCGUGUGCUUCUCUCUGCCAGGCUUUUCUCUUCUGCUACUUCCUCUUCCUGCCAGCCACUCACUAGCUGCUGUGUCACUUCCUGUAGCACUGAGAUCCUGUACAGCUGGUUGCUAGGUAACAGCUCACAGCACACAGACAGGCUCCUUUACAGGGAUAAGUGCAAAGAUUUGACACGACUUCCCUACACACAUUUUCACUCUUUGUACAAAGCAGACUGGGGCUUCCUGCAGUACUUACUGAUAUUAUCUACUUCUGUUUCUCCAAUAAUAAGGGACAGAACGGCCAGACGUUUCAUUCUCAUCUCUUUAUUGUGGAUGUUCCAGAGAUUUCUCAUGUAUCAAUGUCCUGUAGUCUAA